UCGUCGUUUCAGACCGCGGAGGGAUUUAUCGGCCGGUUCUCAUUUCCCUCUGGAGGAAAACGCAACUUUUGGAAAUUUCGACAAAAAUCGUUUGAACUUUAACAGUGUGUAAAACAUAUGGGCGCCUCUUGUUGGUUGUUUUUUAACAGUUCCGCAUGACUUCCAUGUCUUCUCGGGACUGUACUUGUUGCUAAGUGUUAGCUGCCGUUAGCCAGUUAGCUCCGUUAGCAGCUUGCGGUCCAGAGAGUCUCAGCGGACUGGAACUCAGUUUGGGUCUGUUUUUUCACCUCCACUCGGGGGGUCGGCUUGCUCAGGAUGGGGACGCGAACUGGAGACGGGCGGACAGGCAACGGAACUGGAUUAAACAGUGUGCCGUUGACUACAAGCGGAUCCACUGCGGACAACGACGGCGGUCGAUUUGAAGAGAGGGAGUACGGCUCUGAGGUGAUCGACAGCGGCUCCGACCCAGAGUCCGAUUCUGACGAUGACACGCCGGGGUUCGGCGCAGACCGUAGAGGGGUGAAAAGGGAAAGAAGCGACGGGGAUGCCAGCUUCCAAUCAGCGCCCAACACUGGGAGCCUGACCGUGGGUUACAGUGGGCUCAGUCCCGGGGUUCCCGGGGCUAAACCUGGGAAGAAGACCAGAGGACGGGUGAAGAUUAAAAUGGAGUUCAUUGACAACAAACUGAGACGGUACACAACUUUCAGCAAGAGGAAGACUGGCAUCAUGAAGAAGGCGUAUGAGUUGUCCACCCUGACAGGUACUCAGGUGUUGCUGCUGGUCGCCAGCGAAACAGGACAUGUGUACACUUUCGCCACAAGGAAACUUCAGCCCAUGAUCACGUCGGAGAAUGGCAAAGCUCUGAUCCAGACCUGCCUCAACUCUCCGGACUCGCCGCCCCGCUCAGACCCGUCCUCUGAUCAGAGGAUGAGCGCCACAGGCUUCGAGGAGACCGACCUGAGCUAUCAGGUGUCGGAAACAGACGGAGCUCUGGAGGUCUCAAAGGAAUCGAACAAACCUGCCUUCAUAUUGUCCGGUCUACCUGGCAGCGCACAACCCACAGGACUCUCUUCCACUUCCUCAGCCACGGCUACGCUGCAGACACAGAGCAGCGUCCCCACCUCCACAGUGACUUCCACCAAUGGUGCCGUGCUGAAGACGUCAGCUGGGGUUGUGUUUCCUGGUGGCUUCACGCUGAUGUCGGGUACCCAGCUGCCUCCUGGCACCCACACAAUCCCAAUCAGCCAUCUACAGGGUACUGGUGUCCAGAACUCUGCGACCACACAGCCCACCACACUCUUCCGCCUCCCAGCCACAGUGUCACUGUCAGCAGGUGGCGCUGUCUCACAACCACUGCAGACCCUCCAGGUCCAGAACAGCAGUCAGCAGACAUCCACCAGUCAGACCAGCUCUGAAAACCCUAGCGCCUCCUCUUCCUCCUCCACCAGCGUCUCCUCUUCUUCGUCCAGUCACAUGAUGUACCCCGGCGGCCACACCGUCAUGUACACCACUCCGACACCUGCUUUAGGUGACGGAGGCCUUACAGUCCUCAACACGUUCCCCUCAACAGGCCAGUCACAUGACCCAGCGUCUAUCCAACAAGUAUUUCUGACGUCACUUCCUCCAGUGGCAGCUCAGAUUCCUGUUUCUGCUGUCCAGCUGCACCCGAUGGUCAUCAGCCAGCAGAGCAGCAGCGGCAGCAGCAACUUGACCGAACUGCAGGUCGUCAGUCUGGACGUCCACCAGUCGAAGGAGGAUAACAACUGAGGACGUUGCCUUCCUGUUCAGGCUAAUUGGACAUCUGACUGCAGAAGGAUUUCCUGAAUAUCAUGAAGUUGUUUGACCAUCAUUGAAAACCUUUGAUGACAUUUUAACAUAUUUUUCUUUGGAUAUCAAACAUUUUCUGAUGUGUUUGAGUGUAUGUGGAUCAUGUCGCUUUGUUUUGAGCUGUAAAAAACGCAUUUUGCCAAAAAA